AUGUGCAGCGCCAUGGCCGCCAAGUUGUGGUUUCUGACCGACCGGCGCAUCCGGGAGGACUAUCCCCAGAAAGAGAUCCUGCGCGCGCUCAAGGCCAAGUGCUGUGAGGAGGAGCUAGACUUCCGGGCGGUGGUGAUGGACGAGGUGGUGCUAACCGUAGAACAGGGGAACCUGGGCGUGCGGAUCAAUGGAGAGCUCAUCUCUGCGUACCCGCAGGUGGUGGUCGUGAGGGUCCCCACACCCUGGGUGCAGAGCGACAGUGACAUCACCGUCCUGCGCCACCUGGAGAAAAUGGGCUGCCGCCUGAUGAACCGCCCCCAGGCCAUCCUCAACUGCGUGAACAAGUUCUGGACGUUUCAGGAGCUGGCCGGCCACGGCGUUCCUUUACCAGACACCUUCUCCUACGGCGGCCAUGAAAACUUCGCCAAAAUGAUCGACGAGGCGGAGGUCCUGGAGUUCCCCAUGGUGGUGAAGAACACACGAGGCCACAGAGGCAAAGCUGUCUUCUUGGCACGAGAUAAGCAUCAUUUGGCCGAUCUGAGCCAUCUUAUUCGCCAUGAAGCGCCAUACCUGUUCCAGAAGUAUGUCCAGGAGUCUCACGGGAGAGAUGUCCGGGUCAUCGUGGUCGGCGGGCGCGUGGUUGGCACCAUGUUGCGCUGCUCCACCGACGGGCGCAUGCAAAGCAACUGCUCACUAGGUGGCGUGGGCAUGAUGUGCACCCUGAGCGAGCAGGGCCAGCAGCUGGCCAUCCAGGUGUCCAACAUCCUGGGCAUGGAUGUGUGCGGCAUCGACCUGCUCAUGAAGGACGACGGCUCCUUCUGCGUGUGCGAGGCCAACGCCAACGUGGGCUUCCUGGCCUUCGACAAGGCCUGCAACCUGGACGUGGCCGCCACCAUCGCGGACUACGCCGCCUCGCUGCUGCCGCCGGGCCGCCUGACCCGCCGCAUGUCGCUGCUGUCGGUCGUGUCCACGGCCAGCGAGACGAGCGAGCCCGAGCUGGGGCCCGCGGCCGGCGCGCCGGGCGACCCCAUGAGCGCCUGCUCCAGCGCCAGCUCGGUCGACAGCGACCCCGAGAGCAGCACGGAGCGCGAGCCGCUGGGCCAGCUGGGCCAGCUGCCCGGGGCCCUGUUCAACAUGAACCAGCUGCUAGCCAAUGAGAUCAAACUCCUGGUCGAGUGA